AUCUUUUCGGGCACCGAAAGCGCACCAUCAGCGCGGGGUCGGGAAAACCCCCGGCAAACCUUUGGGCCAACAAAGGUGCCAGGGAGUCCAGUAACUUCGUCUAGGCUUGGUCUCUGACCAGAGAUUGGACAGAGGAAACUCUCUAUGCGAUGUUGCAGGGAACUACCGGUACCGGCCGCACCGGUACUCGCACGAGAGCAAGCAAGAAGUACCGAUACCCAAAAACAGGGGUCCUGAAUUUGUACAGUACAGUAUGGGCGCUGAGAUACGCACGGAUUUUUUGCCACAUACCGGUAUUUGAGAAUCCCUGUUUUCGGGCACUUCUUUCCUGCCACGAGAGGUGAUUCAUUGCUAAAGACAUUCUAGUGCUCAAGUAAAGAUUCUGGCCCAAUUUAAAUCCCAGGUUUACCCCACGCUCUUCGAGAGACUGGAAAGCCACAAUCCCUUCGCGGAGGUUUAUUUGCCUCAGUACUCCUGCCUUUAUCUCUUUUUUUUUCAGCAACUUUGCCCCCCGACACCCUUAACGGCGCCCAUCCCACCUACCUACCCGAAGCCUGCCACAAGCUCUUGGGCAUUUACCCAGAUCGUGGGGUUGUGAUUACUUUUUUUCCCGCCUGGGAGAAGCGAGAGAAAGUGGCUCCUGGUUUUAAAAAAUCCGCCUUCCCGAAAGUUCGUUUCACUCUUCCCCCGUGCUACCAGUGCAACACUUGCGUUUGCGGGGUCUCUGAACGUUUAUCGCACCCACAACCGGACAACGGAGGAAAAGAACCAUGGUAAGACUGCCAGUUGCCGAUGAAACUUGUUCUCGACCUCAGCCCAUUCUCGACCAUCUCUGACCCGUCUUAGGAACAAAAACCGAUGGAAGAAAAUGUGCAGCAGGACAGAAGAGCUGAUUCUGGUAUCUCUGGGGUGGUACCCCCUCAGUCCCGUGCCGAAAAGUGGGUUCCCCCAUUCCCACAAUCUCUGCCCGUACACAACUCCGUAUUGACUGGGUCUGACAGCUAUCUUGGGACCGAGGAGGAGACUUUUUCUGUUUCGUCGUCGAUACUCGAUUACACAUAUGAGAACGGAAGGCGAUACCAUGCGUUUCGACAGGGCAUGACCUCUCUCUUUUACACUAUUUUCCGCCAGAAAACUAACUAUAAUAGGGGCAUAUUACGCGCCGAAUGAUGAGGUUCGCCCUAGUUCGGUAGCAAGGGAGUCAAACUAACAAUACAUAGAAUCAAAGCAAUCAACUAGAUAUCUAGUAUGUGUCCCGCCGCUGAGUGUUGAAGACACAGCUAACCACCAAAAAGUCAUCACAUAUACCUCCUUCUCCUGGGCGGAGAUCUUUACGUAGCGCCGAUAGAGCGACCAAAGGUGAUUCUUAUUCCCCCGGUCUGUUAAAAAUGCUAAACGCUUCAUGCAAUAGCGAAUUUUGGACGUUGGGACCGGGACAGGAAUGUGCGUCAAGAUCUCCCACCCACUGAUAUUCCUCGUACAAUGGCGUUCGGUAGCUGACUUACACCGCAACCACCAGUUGGGCAAUGGACAUGGCCGACAAGUUCCCAGAUGCAGAGGUAGUCUAACGCCUUCCUCCCAGUCAUAUAUAAGAGACGCCACUAAGCGGCCUUUAAUGUUGGGUUUAGGUUAUCGGGACCGGUAAGGCAGCACUCUAUCAUUUAAUAUUGUGUGACCAAACAAAUGCUAAUAGAUUGGGCAGACCUUUCCCCAAUACAGCCCGAAUGGUAUGUCACUCUUCAAACGGUUCCGAUAAUUUGUUUGCGCGUUUGGAAAGCCGGUAUCAAUAGACAUUGGGGGAGAAUUAUAUGGUUAAUCAUUUGUGUUCAUCCGCCUCAAUAGGGUUCCCCCGAACGUCCACUUUGAAAUCGACGAUGCGGAAAGCCCCUGGACUUAUCCCGAAAACUUUUUCGAUUUUAUCCACAUCCGCUGCCUUUUCGGUGCCAUUCUUGACUGGCCAGCGCUACUCAAACAGUGUUAUAAGUAAGAAUUCGCAUUGCUCCGUCGAUUCUCCCCGCGUCUGAACUGACACGUGGUUGAAGACACCUGGCGCCCGGCGGCUGGAUAGAAGUCGUCGAGCUUAAACUCCCGUAUGAAUCCGACGACGGAACCUUAACGAAGGACACCUACCUCUACAAAUGGUGCGAAUACGCCCUCGAAAGCGGUGAGAAGUCUGGCAGGAGAUUUGAUGUCACCGAUAAAGUAUACGGAUGGCUAGGCUCUGCCGGGUUCACAGAUCUGCGGGAAAGAAACCUGAGGUAUGUGUGGGUGGUUCGUGAAGGGGCAGGGCGUCUGAAGGAAGGAGUCAAACCCCGCUGACUAUAUUAUGGGCAGGGUGCCGGUUGGCCCUUGGCCAAAGGAUCCCAAAGAGAAGGAAGUUGGGAAAUACAAUCUUUUAAAUCUCUUGGAAGGCAUGGUGGGAACUUACCCCCCCUCCCCACCGCACGACACACAUGCACACACUAGAGAUGCAGAAGGUUGAUUAAAAACCAAAAAUAGGAUGGCUUCACUACGGCACUUCUGACAAGGUUUCUUGACGUAAGUUUACCGCACCCACUCCUGUAUCCCCCUACUAAUAUUCCCUAGUGGAAACCAAUCGAAGUACAAGCAUUCUAUGGUAAUGUGCGCAACGAAAUGACGAACCAGAGAAUUCACUCAUACUUUAGACAGUAAGCCUCCAUCCAUUCGGUCACACUUCAUCAUUACUUUCAUUUGCUCCAACCAACCGAAUACUUAUAUGAAUCGUUGAAUAGAUAUUACUGGGCCGGCCAGAAACCGAUACCUACCGUAUGAAGUAAAAUCCAGGGGCUAGAUUCGCCCCCUCCGUUUUUUUCUUUUCUUUCAAAACACAUUCUUUCAUAUAAUAUAUGCUGAACUGUGGCGAUGCUCGGUUUAUAUGAAAGAUGCUGUUAAAUGCGGUUUAGUGAAUGAAGCCCUGGUAUCUGCCAAGUUACGGAGGAGAGUCCUUGUUGGGGAUUCGAUACUUGUCUAGUUUUUUUCUUUUUCCUUUUUUUUUUACCCGCUCUGUUGUCUUCUAGCCAUGCUGUUGCCCUCCACCAUCCCCUCCCCAAUUUUUCAAAGUAUUUGGGAAACGUAAUCUAUCUGUGAAUUUGAGGCUCAAGAU